AUCCCACGUGGCUAAAUAAAUAAAUCUCCUGCUGAGCUGUGAUCUCUCUCAAUCCGAAACAGCAUGAUCUUGGCGGAGCCAACAACACGCUCCUGUUUCUCACUGUUGACACCGACAAACGCGCGAUAACCAGACUCCAUUUCUUGCUUCAGUGCGCAGAGUCAAGCUCUGCUCUAGGGUUUUCGUCUCUUUGGAGUUCGAGUUUAGUGAUGUCGGGGAUAGGGAAGACGGUGCUUGACUCGGGCUGGCUCGCAGCCAGAUCCACGGAGGUGAAGCUCAGUGGCGUUCAGCUCACCACUACUCACCCUCCUGCUACCGGCGCCGAGUCCCCUUGGAUGGAGGCCGUCGUCCCUGGAACUGUUUUGGCGACCCUGGUAAAGAACAAAGUUGUUCCUGAUCCUUUCUAUGGACUAGAAAAUGAAACAAUCAUCGAUAUAGGUGAUUCUGGGAGGGAAUACUACACAUUCUGGUUUUUCACGACAUUUCAGAGUAAGCUGUUAGAAAACCAGCAUCUACAUUUGAACUUCCGUGGAAUUAAUUACUCUGCCGAACUAUAUUUGAAUGGACACGAGAAAGUUUUGCCAAAAGGGAUGUUUCGUAGACAUUCUCUUGAUGUUACUAAUAUUGUGCAUCCUGAUGGCAAGAACCUCCUAGCUGUUCUUGUUCAUCCUCCAGAUCAUCCAGGGAAAAUUCCUGCAGAGGGAGGGCAAGGUGGGGAUCAUGAGAUUGGAAAAGAUGUAGCUACACAGUAUGUUGAGGGCUGGGAUUGGAUAGCUCCUAUACGGGAUAGGAAUACUGGCAUAUGGGACGAAGUAUCUAUUUCUGUCACUGGGCCAGUGAAAAUAAUUGAUCCCCACUUGGUUUCUUCAUUAUUUGACAAUUACAAGAGGGUGUAUUUGCAUGCAACUACCGAGUUGGAAAAUACUACUGACUCUGUUGUUGAGUGUUCUUUGAAUAUUCAAGUGUCAACAGAACUUGAGGAGAAUAUUUGUUUAUUAGAACAUCUUCAAACUCAACAAGUCUCAAUCCCUGCCCAUGGACGUGUUCAACAUACAUUUCCCCAGCUUUUUUUCUACAAGCCUAAUUUAUGGUGGCCGAAUGGCAUGGGAAAGCAAUCUCUUUAUGAGGUCUCUAUUACUGUUGAUGUUAAGGGACAUGGGGAGUCUGAUUUCUGGAGUCAACCUUUUGGAUUCCGUAAAAUUGAGAGUUACAUAGAUAGUGCAACUGGUGGAAGGUUGUUCAAGGUUAAUGGGCAGCGUAUAUUUAUUCGUGGUGGAAAUUGGAUACUAUCAGAUGGGUUACUACGUCUUUCUAGAGAACGAUACAGAGCAGACAUCAAGUUCCAUGCAGAUAUGAAUUUCAAUAUGAUCCGUUGUUGGGGUGGUGGAUUGACCGAGAGGCCUGAAUUUUAUCACUAUUGCGAUAUCUAUGGUUUGCUGGUCUGGCAAGAAUUCUGGAUCACUGGAGAUGUUGAUGGAAGAGGUAUUCCGAUAUCGAAUCCAAAUGGUCCUCUUGACCAUGAUCUUUUUCUGCUAUGUGCCAGAGACACUAUCAAGCUUCUUAGAAAUCAUCCUAGUCUGGCUCUCUGGGUGGGUGGAAAUGAGCAAGUUCCACCAGAUGACCUCAACAAGGCUUUAAAGAGUUACCUUAAACUCCAUCCUCUUUUUCAGAACUCCGAUCCAAAUGACAAGUCUGUAGAAGAUUUAUCUGCAGGAUCCAAAGAUCCUAGCCAAUAUCUUGACGGUACACGUAUCUAUAUCCAGGGAUCGCUGUGGGAUGGCUUUGCAGAUGGAAAAGGGGGCUUCACUGAUGGCCCUUAUGACAUCCAAAAUCCUGAAGACUUUUUUAAGGAUGAUUAUUACAAAUAUGGAUUCAUUCCUGAGGUUGGUUCUGUAGGAAUGCCAGUUGCAGCAACCAUAAGAGCUACAAUGCCUGUGGAAGGUUGGCAAAUUCCCUUGUUUAAGAAGCUUCCUAAUGGUUAUGUAGAAGAAAUUCCAAACCCAAUCUGGGAGUACCACAAGUACAUACCUUAUUCAAAACCAGGCAAAGUUCAUGAUCAGAUUUUGAAGUAUGGGAUGUCAAAGGAUCUUGAUGACUUUUGUUUGAAGGCCCAACUUGCCAACUAUAUCCAGUAUAGAGCUCUGUUGGAGGGCUGGACAUCUCAUAUGUGGAGCAAGUAUACUGGUGUUUUGAUUUGGAAGAACCAGAAUCCUUGGACAGGUCUUAGAGGACAGUUCUAUGAUCACCUUCUUGACCAGACAGCAGGUUUCUAUGGUUGUCGCUCUGCUGCAGAACCCAUACACAUCCAGCUAAAUCUGGCUACAUAUUUUAUAGAGGUUGUUAAUACAAUGUCGGAGGAACUUACUAACGUUGCAAUUGAAGCAUCUGUGUGGAACCUGGAUGGUUCAUGUCCAUAUUACAAGGUUAUUGAUAAUGUUUCGGUGCCACCAAAGAAAGUUGUACCUAUUGUUGAGAUGAAGUAUCCAAAGUCGAGAAACCCAAAACCAGUCUAUUUUCUUCUUCUUAAACUUUACAAUAUUUCAGAUUAUAGCAUUAUAUCCCGCAACUUUUACUGGUUGCAUCUGUCUAAUGGAGAUUACAAGCUUUUGGAGCCAUACAGAAGGAAGAAAAUACCCCUCAAGAUAACAUCAAAAACUUUUAUUACAGGGUCAACUUAUGAAAUAGAAAUGCGAGUGCAAAAUGCAUCAAAGAAACCAGAUUCUAUCAGUUCAAUUUGUUUGAAUAACUUCACUACCAAGUACGGUGACGGUCACUCUGGCGUGAGUAUGGCGGAGCCUGUGGGUAGUGAGACUGAGGGGAAAAGCAAACCUGGUUUGCUUCACAGGGUUUACAAAACCUUCUCGAGGGAAACUAAUGGUUUGAGGGUGUCGGAAGUUAAUGGUGUUGAUUCUGGAGUUGCUUUCUUCCUUCAUUUCUCUGUUCAUGCUUCGAAGACACACUACAAGGAAGGUGAAGAUGCAAGAAUUCUUCCCGUUCACUACUCUGACAACUAUUUUUCUCUUGUGCCCGGGGAAGUGAUGCCCAUCAAGAUCUCUUUCGAGGUCCCUCCUGGUGUCACACCACGUGUGAUACUCAAAGGCUGGAAUUACCAUGACGGACAUACUGUCAUUUGAGCAUAGUAUUUCUAUCCAUAACUUGCAAAUUUUGUAUGUAUCUAUGAAGUUGAUUAGGGCGUAAUACUGGUUUGUCCCUUGUUCCACAUUUACACUCAUGAUUGUUGUAUCUUCCUGCCGCGGAAAUGUCUGCUUCAAAAGCUUCUCUAGGGGAACUGGAAAUAAAGAUGCUGCACUGCUGAAGAGAAUUGACUUGUUCAAGGCAUUACUAUCUAUCUAGCAUAUAAACGAGUGCUUUCUGUGAAUAACCUCUUUUUUUUUUGUUUUUGUUUUUUCUGAACUCUUGGCCUCUAAAUUGUUAUCUUUUGUCACUUCCCUAUUUGUUCUUUAUCUUAAUUUCUCAACCUAUUAGUUGUGAGGUGAGUAAGAUGGCAAACAAAGAGAGGCUAAAGUUUAUUUUCUUUUUUAAAAUGGUAUGUUCGUUUCAAUCUUUUA